AUGAACAGACCUUCACAGCCAGCUUCUCUGUGUCUGCUCUCUCUGCUGUGGAUGUUCCAGGUCUGCUCUGGAAUCAAGUGGCUGGCCCUGUCGCAGACGCCCGCUUCCAUGAGCAUCAACCGGACUCAGCACUGCAAGCAGCUGCGGGGCCUGGUGUCCGCUCAGGUGCAGCUGUGCCGCAACAACCUGGAGCUCAUGCAGACCAUCAUCCAGGCCGCCCGCGAGGUGAAGAAGACCUGCCAGAAGACCUUCGCUGACAUGCGCUGGAACUGCUCCUCCAUCGAGACCGCCCCGCAGUACCUUCCAGACCUGGAGAGAGGCACAAGGGAGUCUGCGUUCGUGUACGCCCUGUCCGCUGCCACCAUCAGCCACACCAUCGCCCGGGCCUGCACGUCGGGCGACCUGCGAUACUGCUCCUGCGGCCCCAUCCCGGGCGAGGUUCCCCAGCCCGGGUACCGCUGGGGCGGCUGCGCGGACAACCUGCACUACGGCCUGCUUAUGGGCACCAAGUUCUCCGACGCCCCCAUGAAGAUGAGGAAGUCCCGCUCCCAGGCCAACAAGCUGAUGCACCUGCACAACAGCGAAGUGGGCCGGCAGGCCCUGCGAGACGCGCUGGAGCUGAAAUGUAAGUGUCACGGCGUCUCCGGCUCCUGCUCCAUCAGAACCUGCUGGAAGGGCCUGCAGGACCUGAAGGACAUCGCCAUGGACCUGAAGACCAAGUACCUGUCCGCCACCAAGGUGGUGCACCGGCCCAUGGGCACCAGGAAGCAGCUGGUCCCCAAGGACAUCGACAUCAGGCCCGUCCGGGAGAAUGAGCUCGUCUACCUGCAGAGCUCACCCGACUUCUGCCACAGGAACGAGAAGCAGGGCUCCUUCGGGACGCAGGGCAGGCAGUGUAACAAGACCUCCAUUGGCAGCGACAGCUGUGACCUCAUGUGCUGUGGGCGGGGCUACAACCCCUACACCGAGACGCUGGUGGAGAAGUGUCACUGCAAGUACCACUGGUGCUGCUACGUCACGUGCAAGAGGUGCGAGAGGACAGUGGAACGGUACAUUUGCAAAUGACCCCCCACCCACCCCUUUUUCUUCAUCUCGCCCCUGUACCCCC